AGCCAGAUAAUAAUCAAAUAAUUUGGAUAGUCUAAUCUGAAUUGCUAACUAAUGUUUUAAGUGCCUGCGCAUCAUCGUCACGCCCGAGCAGAGUAUCAAAGUUGUUGUCGUCGAGGAUUCUACGCUUCCUCGUUUUCACAUAGAGGUUUGGUAGAAUCCAACCCGACUUGUAGAUAUACGAUACGUUGAGACUGUACCGUUGAUCUAGGGCCGUUUUCGCUAUUCCAAACCGUUGAUAUGACGAAAUAGAAGGAUGAAGUUGGCUGCCUCAAAAAUCUUAAAAUUUGAGAUCUUAUACAUUUGUUUUAAUCUACGGCCCACAAAGCAACGAUCUAAUGGACGGUUCGUAUUCGAUGGAAAAUUUAAAACAAUCAAAUUACUUAAAUAUUGUAGUCGGAAGAUUUCAAUGGCAGCAUCGUGAGUUCCAUCUUUUAAACGGUCUAGAUCACCGAACGCGAUCCAAGAUCCAACGGAUAUAGUCCCCGACGCAUGCUAUAGAAAUACGUCGAGAUGUAUUCUAGAAAACCACUAACGCUUUUCGCGAGUUGCCAUUCUCUUCGGUGGAAAUCGAGAAAUCGAGAAAUCGAGAGAGCUUGUUCGUCCCCAAAACCUCCCGCCGAGACUGUAAUUUUCAGUCCCUAAAAUACCCCCAGAAGAUUUCUCUUCAAUCUUCUACCUCGGGAUUCCCGCCAUCUUCCCUCCAUUUGUGGUGUUACUCUCUGCAACAACAGCAGCAAAGAUGAGGUGGGCCACACAUGCACACCGAAUGCUUCUAGCCAUCCGUUUUCCGUAUGGAGUGACCUGUCUGAUGGUUGAACCUGCAUAUCUUUUACAUAUGGUAGGGACCAUCUGAUGGAUGGUUCAAUUGUUCUGCCUGAACCCAUUUUUCAUUUUUGAUGAUAAUUCAACAAUGAGAUGCAUCCUCACCUUUCUAUGGGAAAAAGGAGAUAUCAAUCACUACACAAGGAAGAUGUCUCAUUCAAAUUUGUGCAUACAAAGGCCAUUUCCAGGAGUCUGAUUGGUAUGCAAUGGUAAUCCGUUCUCUCAGGACGUGCCUAGAAUCAUGAUAUAGGCUUUUACAUGAAACCAUGGCCUCAAAAGGUCCUAGGCCUAAACUUGAUCAUGACACAAGAGCUAAGAAACAAAAGGCUCUUGAUGCUCCUAGAGGACCUCUUCGUCCCAAAACACAUUGGGAUCAUGUUUUAGAGGAGAUGAUUUGGUUAUCGAAGGACUUUGAAUCAGAGAGAAAAUGGAAAUUGGCUCUGGCAAAGAAGGUCGCUAUAAGAGCCAGCAAGAACAUGCUGGACCAAGCCACAAGGGGAGAAAAGAAAGUCAAGGAAGAAGAGCAGCGGUUGAGAAAAACUGCACUCAAUAUUUCUAAGGAUGUGAAGAAGUUCUGGAUGAAGAUAGAGAAGCUGGUGCUGUACAAACAUCAGCUGGAGCUUGAUGAAAGAAAGAAACAGACGCUUGAUAAGCAGCUUGAUUUUCUUUUAGGUCAGACUGAAAGGUACUCUACAAUGCUAGCAGAAAAUCUUGGAGACAUGCCAUUUCCUCACAAAACACUGCAUUCAGAGUCUACUACGGAACAUCAGGCCGAUCUGAACAGAGAAGGCAAUGAAAGAGGUCUUCCAGGAAGCACAGAACAUCCUGAAUCUCAGUCAGGCAAUGUGGAGAUUGAUGGGGACUAUGGUAUACAAUCUGAAGAUGAAUCAGAAGACGAUGAACAUACCAUUGAAGAGGAUGAAGCUCUUAUAACGGAGGAAGAACGGAGAGAAGAAUUGGCAGCUCUGCAAGAUGAAGUAGAUCUACCACUUGAGGAACUUCUCAAGCGAUACGCUACGAACAAAGUCUCAGUUAGCAGGGAAGGAAGCCCAGAAAGUGAUGAAGAUGCAGCUGAAUCAGUCAAGAACAGAAAAUAUCUGACUAAGGAUGAUGGGAACCAAGUAAAUGGCUCGUUAACGCCCAAGCUUCUUGAGAAGCGGUUGUAUACAAAUAGUCUUCUGUCAUUGUGGGAAGACCAUCAACCUGUUGGUGGGGAGAUUGAUGCAAAUAACGCAGCCCCUGCUUCCACUCAGCACCUUGGAGAAAAUAAUGGUGAAGUCUUCAAGUCAGAGAAGCAUAUUUCAGUAGCUAAGACAUAUCAAUCCAAACUUCAUUCAAAGGGUUGCUGGACAUCUGAUGAAGAAUAUGAGCCACUUGAUUUUCGUGAUGAGCUGAAUGAUGGGGAUUAUGUCCUUGGUACUGGAGAAGAAAAGGAUGAUGAGACGACCUUGUCUGAGGAGGAGGAGCUGUCAAAGGAAGAAGCAAAUGACCCCAUGGAUGAGAUCAAGUUACUGCAACAGGAGAGCGAGAUGCCUGUAGAAGAGCUGCUUGCAAGGUAUAAAAAGGAUGGCUUCACUGAUGAAGACACCCAGGAAUGUGCAUCCCCAGCUUCUGAGGACGAUCAUUCAGCAGAUCAGGACAUUGGACUGAAAAGCCGUAGUGUUUCUGUGCAUGAAAGUGCAGCUGAAAAAGCCGAAUUGGGUGACAUCAAGGAAGUACAUCUUGUUACAAAGGAAAUGGAAGUGAAACCCGAUAAAAAAUCUGAAGGAAAGGAGAGUGAAAGUAUAAUAGCUGAUGCAGCUGCUGCUGCCAGAUCAGCACAACCUACUGGUAACACGUUCUCAACAACCAAAGUGCGUACAAAGUUUCCAUUCCUUCUCAAGUACCCUCUCCGUGAGUACCAACAUAUUGGUUUGGAUUGGCUUGUCACAAUGUAUGAGAAGAGACUCAAUGGAAUUCUAGCUGAUGAAAUGGGCCUGGGGAAGACAAUAAUGACAAUUGCUCUUCUAGCACACCUUGCAUGUGAAAAGGGAAUAUGGGGACCGCACCUCAUAGUUGUCCCAACAAGUGUUAUGCUCAACUGGGAAACUGAGUUUCUUAAAUGGUGCCCAGCUUUUAAAAUUCUGACCUACUUUGGAAGCGCAAAAGAGCGGAAGUUUAAAAGGCAGGGUUGGUUAAAGGCCAACUCCUUCCAUGUAUGUAUCACAACUUACAGGCUUGUUAUUCAGGACGCAAAAGCAUUCAAGCGGAAGAAGUGGAAAUACCUGAUUUUGGAUGAAGCCCAUUUGAUAAAGAACUGGAAAUCCCAGAGGUGGCAAACUCUGUUAAACUUCAACUCAAAGCGGCGAAUUUUAUUGACAGGGACGCCUCUGCAGAAUGACCUCAUGGAGCUUUGGUCUCUGAUGCAUUUCUUAAUGCCGCACAUAUUCCAAUCACAUCAGGAAUUCAAGGAUUGGUUCAGUAAUCCCAUUUCUGGGAUGGUGGAAGGACAGGAAAAGGUAAACAAGGAAGUUGUCGAUCGCUUGCACAAUGUGCUCCGUCCUUUCAUACUCCGCCGGUUGAAAAGGGAUGUGGAGAAGCAACUCCCAAAGAAGUACGAACAUGUAAUAUAUUGUAGGCUCUCAAGAAGGCAGCGGAACUUGUAUGAAGAUUUUAUUGCCAGCUCUGAAACACAAGCGACAUUGGCAAGCGCAAAUUUUUUCGGGAUGAUUAGUGUUAUAAUGCAGCUCCGUAAGGUUUGCAAUCAUCCAGAUCUUUUCGAAGGCCGUCCGAUCAUAAGCUCAUUUGACAUGGGCGGGAUUGACCAUCAACUGAGUUCUUCUGUUUGUACAAUCCUUGCUUCUGAUCCAUUCUCUACAGUUGACCUGACAGGUUUAUCAUUUCUAUUUACUCAUCAUGAAAGCAGCAUGACUUCUUGGGAGAGUGAUGAGUUACUAGCCAUUGGUACCCCAUCAAGUUUAAUUGAGGAGGUUCUUGAUCCAGAGACUCAUGAGAAAGUGGGACCUAGUUAUAGGACUCAUGACUGUGUAAGGAAAACGCGUGGGACCAACAUUUUUGAAGAGAUUCAAAAGGCACUUCGCGAAGAGAGAGUGAAGCAGAUAAGAGAAAGGAUAGCAUCCAUUGCAUGGUGGAAUACAUUACGGUGCCGAAAGAAGCCCGUUUAUGGUACAAAUCUGAAUGAGCUGGUUACCAUUAAGCAUCCUGUUUUCGAUAUUCAUCAGCAGAAAAGUAAUCCUUCCUGCUACAUGGACUUCUCAUCGAAGCUUGGUGAUAUUGUCCUGUCUCCGAUGGACCGCUUUGAAACGCUGCUUAACCUGAUUGAAUCAUUUAUGUUUUCGAUUCCAGCAGCACGAGCCCCUCCACCUUUUUGUUGGUGCAGUAAAACAGGAGCCCCCGUUUUUAUGCACCCAGCUUUUAAGGAAAAAUGCACAGAGGUCUUCGCUCCUCUUCUUUCACCCAUUAGACUUGCCAUUGUCAGGCGGCAAGUGUAUUUUCCUGACAGGCGACUCAUACAGUUCGAUUGUGGUAAGCUUCAGGAGCUUGCUGUCCUUCUGAGGCGUUUGAAAUCGGAAGGCCACAGGGCAUUGAUAUUCACUCAGAUGACAAAGAUGCUUGAUACCCUUGAGGCAUUCAUUAACUUGUAUGGUUACACGUAUAUGCGUUUAGAUGGUUCUACUCAACCAGAGGAGAGGCAGACGUUGAUGCAGCGGUUUAAUACAAACCCGAAAUUUUUUCUUUUUAUUUUAUCAACUCGGAGUGGUGGUGUUGGUAUUAACUUGGUUGGGGCUGAUACAGUCAUUUUUUAUGACAGUGACUGGAAUCCAGCAAUGGACAACCAAGCACAAGAUAGGUGCCACAGAAUAGGGCAAACCCGAGAAGUGCAUAUUUAUCGACUAAUUAGUGAGAGUACAAUUGAAGAGAAUAUACUGAAGAAAGCAAAUCAGAAGCGGGCACUUGAUGACUUGGUCAUACAGAGCGGUGGUUACAACACUGAAUUCUUUAAAAAGCUUGAUCCAAUGGAAUUGUUCUCAGGUCAUGGAACACUUCCUAUUGAAAAUCUGCAAAAAGGACGAUCAACUGGGAUUGAAAUUUCUGACAGCAGGGUGGAGGAUCAUUUAUCAAAUGCAGAUGUUGAAGCUGCUUUAAAAUAUGCAGAAGAUGAAGCCGAUUAUAUGGCCUUGAAGAAAGUCGAACAGGAAGAGGCUGUGGACAAUCAGGAGUUCACUGAAGAGGCCAUUGGGAGAUUAGAAGAUGAGGAUCUUGUAAAUGAAGAUGAUAUAAAGCCUGAUGAAAAGAUUAGUGAAGUGAACACUAGCUCGACUGCCAUUGUAAGUAAGGACACUGAUAGCACCUUGAAUGGGGGUAACUCGAAUGAAGAAAGAGCUCUUACUUUGGCCAUGAGAGAGGAAGAUGUCGACAUGCUGGCUGAUGUCAAGCAGAUGGCGGCAGCAGCAGCUGCUGCAGGACAAGCAAGUUCGUCUUUUGAAAAUCAACUCCGGCCAAUUGAUAGGUACGCGAUGCAAUUCCUGGAACUGUGGGACCCAAUAAUAGACAAAUCUGCAAUAGAAUCCCAAGUGACAUUUGAGGAAGCAGAAUGGGAACUGGAUCGUAUUGAGAAAUUCAAGGAAGAUUUAGAAGCUGAGAUCGAUGAAGACGAGGAACCUUUAUUAUAUGAAAGAUGGAAUGCUGAUUUUGCAACUGAGGCAUACCGGCAGCAAGUUGAAGCCUUAGCUCAGCGUCAGUUGAUGGAGGAACAAGAAGCUGAAGCUAAAGAGAUUGAAGAUGCAGAUGAUGAUGGAAACGAAACUGUUACCAUUGAGCAUAAACGUAAGACGAAAAAGAAGACGAAGAAGACGAAAUUCAAAUCUUUAAAGAAAGGAGCUCUAGCAUCAGAAUCAGAAUCGUUUCUUGAGGAACCAUCAAUUGAAGUAGAACCCAUUUUCACUGAAGACAAGGUUAUCAGUCCUGAGGCUCACUCUCCAGACACUGCACCACAUUCACCACCUCUUAAGAAGAAGUGUAAGAAGUCUCUAGCAGCACCUGAAGAGGAAGAAAAUAUCUCAAGGAAAACUUCAAAGAAACCCAAGAAGGCUCACGACAAAAAACCUAUGGUUGAUUCCGGCACUUCAGAUAAGCAGAAUGCGGGAUCCAAAGGAUUAAAAUCUGGUGAGGUAGUGAUUGAUCUUGAACUCAAACCAGCUAGCAAGAGCAAGAUGGGAGGGAAGAUCUCUAUAGCAGCCAUGCCGGUCAAACGCGUUUUGCUGAUCAAACCUGAGAAGUUGAAGAAGAAGGGAAACAUUUGGUCAAAAGAUUGUAUUCCUUCACCAGAUUCUUGGUCACCGCAGGAGGAUGCCAUAUUGUGUGCUGUUGUGCAUGAGUACAGUGCAAACUGGAGCUUGGCAAGUGACGUGCUUUAUGAUAUGCCUGCUGGUGGGCUUUACAGAGGGAGGUUCCGCCACCCUGCCCAUUGUUGUGAGAGGUACAGGGAGCUGUUUGUGAAAUGUGUUUCGUCAACAACGACAGACCACCCUCACAAUGAGAAGACUGGUUCUGCUGGUUCUGGAAAGGCUCUCCUUAAAGUGACAGAGGAUCAUAUUCGGACACUACUUGAUGUGGCAAGUGAACAGCCUGAUAAUGAACUGCUUCUACAGAAGCACUUUACAGCCAUACUCUCUUCGGUGUGGAGAGCGAAAUCCCGUGUUGACCAACGUCAAAUCACGUCAUUUUCCCGUAAUGGUGUUUAUUCUAACAGAAAGUUUUUCUCUGCUGCAAAUGAGAACCCCGCAAAAUCUAGAAGCGAACAGGAAAAGAGGAACUUGGCAAUUUUUGGCCAGAAGAGUAAGUUAGUAGCGGCUGCACUCAACGAUGCUUAUUACAGAGAACUCCGAGAGGAGCCGUUGCUUCAGCCCACCCAGCUAGAAGCUCUAGCCAUGGCAGAACGAAUGGAAAUAACAUUGGAGUUUCAGAACAACCAACGUGACCCGGGAAUCCCUCUUCCAUCGACCAUUAGUCUGACAGUAUCUAGCUCAGGUCCACUACAGUCGGUGGUUGAACCACUGGGAGGAAGUAUGCUACCAGAAUCUUCUCGCAAUGUUGCUGAAAAUCGUUUCAGGAUGGCAUCAAAGGCUUGUUUUGAAGGUGAAGGCAUGGGCUGGGCAUCAUCAGCUUUUCCCACCUGUGACAUUGUUAGAUCCCGAUCCGGUUCAAAACCACAGUUGCUAGGGAAGCACAAGGCCUCCUCUGAUUCACUCAAGUCUCCAAAAUCCAAGCUCCCAAGAACUAAAGAACCAAACAUAGAGCCUUCCCCUGCUAGCAAACUAGCUCCUCCAUCUCCUGUAACAGCUUCAACAGAUACCACCUGGAAUCUCAAUCUACCGCCCUUCAUUCUUGCAACUGGGAACGAGGAUUUUCCUGGCUCUGGCGUGCAUGACUUUUCUCCAACAAGAAAAUACUUCGAAUAUAUUCCAGAUCAGUACGAUCCAGGCUUCUUUGCGGACCUUGAUGAUUGUUUGUUGUUUUCGGAUGAAAUCACAGAUGUCGGAUGAGGCUCCUUCAAGAGGUCAUGUUUAGUAAAUCACUUGUUGGGGAACAGGCCAUUGGGCCCCACCUUUACACUGGCACAGGUGAUCCAAAACCCGAAGCUGCAGUGAUUGGGUGGCUGCAGAUUUUGUUGGAGAAGAGGAUGUGGAUGGCAUUGCUCGCAUGUGGGUGUCAACAUGUAAGGAUUUGGGUGCACAGGGGUGUAUAAUAGUAGGCGCGGGAGGGUUUGGAAAAUGUAAAAUAUUUCCCUUUCCAAGCCAUUUUGGGAAGAUUGUAAUUUUAUUGCCACUGGGAAAAUCUGAUUUCUGGUUUUCCUGGCUGGUUGCAAACUGGAAAUUUUUGCUGGGUUUGUCCCCAAAAGAAAGAGGUAUGAAAAUGGUUACCAUCCAAUCUGCAAGAUGAGAUCGGUUGAGGAUUUUCAUUUUUA